AUGAAUACGGACGCUACAUUGGAUGCUAAUCAUAAUGUAAUGGGCUUAGGCUGGGUUCUUCGAGAUCACCUUGGUGUGUUUUUAGCUGCUAAGGCCAUGCGUAUAAGUGGUAAUUACAGUGUCCAAGAGGCUGAGGCUAUGUGUGUUCGUGAAGCGAUGAGUUGGUUGAAAGGAACCGGGAUGGGUAACGUAGAUGUUGAAACUGAUAGGCAACUCGUUUAUUAUGCUUUAUCUUGGAAUCCUUUUAUUUCUGCUUUUGGUUUUUUUAUUGACGAUGUUAGAGAAGUUGCAUCUACGAUUGAGGGUGUAGACUUCUGUUUUGUUAAGCGAUCUGCGAAUCGUGCUACCCACAUUGUUGCUCGGGGGCCCGUUUCUUUGUAA